GCGACAGAGGAGAACAUUUUUUGAAUUUUGCGCAGAAUCAUACACGCACAGGGAUUUUAGACAGCUUUCCACCGAGAGUAUGCCAGUGUAAGUGCAAUUAAACCCGAGUCAUCAUGAGUUGGGCUGUGGAGGAGUGGAGGGAUGGCCUCUCCGGGAAAGCACUCCAGAAGGUACAAGAGUUCGAAAGUCAGCUGGACAAGCUGAAGAAAGAACGGCAGCAGAAACAGUUUCAGGUGGAAUCGUUGGAAGCUGCCCUUCAAAAACAGAAGCAGAAGUUUGACUCUGAAAAGAGUGAAGCAGCUGCUCUGAAGAGGGAGAAUCAGUCACUUGUUGAAUCGUGUGACACCCUGGAUAAGACCAGACAAAAACUUAGCCAUGACCUCCACGUAAAGGAGCAGCAAGUGAACUUUCUGGAGGGUCAGCUGAGCGCAAGCAAGAAGCAGAUUGAAAGACUUGAGCAAGAACUAAAAAAAUACAAGAAUGAACUGGAAAGAUCUCACAGCUCAAGCAAUAACGACAUGCAGCUGUAUGCCACCCCACAGAAGACCUUUGCUGCCCCUGCUACUCCGGGCUAUAGGCAACAUGACUCCAAGUUGGAAGAACUACAGGGAAAGUACAGCCAAGAGGUUGAGGAGAGGAAGAGGCUAGAAGCUGAACUCAAAGUCUUGCAAGUCAAACUGCUGAAUCAGUCGUCAGUUAGUCACAAAGACAUUGCGCGGCAACAGGCUGGAUCGUCCGUAUUUCCAUGGCAACAGGAGCAACAAACGCCCUCCAAGAGGAGGAAUGCAGCAGCAUCAUCCAGCUCGAUGUGGUUUGGAGAGGAGACCCCACUGAGGCCGACCCACCAGAGCUCGACCCACCAGAGCUUCACCAACCAGAGCUCGAGCCACCAGAGCUUCUCCAACCAGAGCUCGAGCCACCAGAGCUUCUCCAACCAGAGCUCGAGCCACCAGAGCUCAUUCAUGUCUCAGGGAGACACGCCUGCAAACUCUCAGCAAGCUGACCAGCUCAGGUCCCUGAAUCAAGAUCUCAAAAUCAAGGUAGCUGAGCUUGAGGACCGUCUUCAGACACAGGACAAGGACAUCAAGAGUCAGAUGAACAAGUUUAUCGAGACCCAGAGUCUGCUAGACAAGGCCAGGAAGGACUUUGCUGAGAAGGAGAGGAGCUUGACGAAGUUGCAAGAUGACUUCACUAAAAUGACUUCACAACAUGAGCAAGCUCAGGCAAAGGGUACAUCACUGGAACAGAAAUUGAAGCAGGUGACUGAAGAAAUGAACUGCCAAAGGCACAACUCUGACAGCACACGACGGGCCCUCGAGCAGAAACUGAAGGACCAGGAGAAAGAGGCUCAAAAGGAACUUGCACAUGUGCAAAGCACCCAUCAAGCCUUGGAUCAGCAGUUCAACCAAACCAAAACCAAGAUGAGCCAGGAGAUUCAGCAGAUGAAGAAGGAAGCCAACAUCCAUCAGUCUGACAUUGAUAAGAUGACUGCCCUGAAGAAUCGUUUAGAGAAGGAUCUGGAAGAACAGAAACAGAGGCUCUUCAAAUCUGAGCAAGGGCUGCAGUCAAGUCAAACAAAGGAGGCGGAGCUGAAGAAGAAAUGUGACGAGAUGCAAAGGGAGCACAACAACCUCAGCAGUCAGUUGCAACAGGCAACCAAAAGACUUAGUCAACUAGAGGAGGACCGAAGCAGUAACGAGAAGAGCCUCAAGCAGAGCCGCAACAUGGUGGACGACUUGAAAGCUAAGACUGAAGCACAGACUGAGGAACUCAAAUCCCUUAACAAAAAGCUAGAGUGUCAGAGCCAGGCCAGUGCCCAAGACGUUGACAACCUGAAGAAAACACUUAGUGCCCUGGAAGCAAAAGAGAAUUUGUGUCAAGAAGAAUUGAAGAAACAAAAACAACAAGUUGAGCAAUUACAAAACCAAAUACAAACUCUUCAGAAAGAGAAACAUGAUGCUCAGCUGUCCUUUGAGGCGAAGCAAAAAGAAGUGGAACAGAUUAAGCAGGAAUAUGAAAAGAUUGUCGAGUGGAAAAAUGAAAAGGCUCAGCUGAUUGAAAAUACAGAAUCUGACCGUAACGCCAUGCAAAGCAAAAUUGACGAACUGGAGAAGAAUUCAGUGGCGCAGACGUGUCUGCAGGAAAAACUCCAGGAACAAAACAAGGAGAAGCAGUCACAAAUCGAUUCUCUCAAGGGUGAACUUCUGAACAAGUGCAUGGAGCUUGAGGAGAAGGGUCGUAUGUAUGAUGAAAUGCUUGAGAAGUACAACGACGCAAAUCAGAAACACGCAAAGGAUGCCGAGAAUACUUUGGCACAGAUGAAGGCACUCCAGGAUGAGGUUAGCCGUCUAGAAACGAGGCUUCAAGUGGAGACCAACAAGAUUGGGAGGAUGGAACAGUCGCACAGCGAGCUGCUGGUACAACUUGAAGGCGCCUGUGAUUUGGCAAAGUCCAAAGAUGCCAUCAUUGAGCUACACCAAAGUGAAAUUUCUGAUCUCCAGGAGACAGUGUCUCAGUCGAGUGCCCAACAGGAGCAGCUUUUAGCCAAGCUUGAGGAGGAGAAGAGCUCAUUGGUGAAGGAUUACGAGGAAAGUAUGACAAUAAAAGCCACGGAAGCAGAGGAAGCAAAGUUGAAUUUAAUGAAAUGUGAACAAGAUACUCUAUUGUUGAAAGAUCAGGUCACAUCUCUAGACUCUGCUGUGACACUCCAGAAAGGUUUAAAUGCAAAACUCCAGACAAGAAAUGCAGACCUUCUCCAGAACAAUGAAGCCCUCACACAGAAGAUCAAUGAAGGUGAGAAGAGAGAGGAGGAACUAUUGAAUGAGGUGAAGGCCCUGUCUGACCAAGCAAAGUCUCUUGCUGGUCUCCAAGAUCAGUGCACUGAAUUCGCUGCAGCUGCAGAACAAAGCAAAUUGUCAUUAGAGACUCUGCAGGGAAUCCACAAUCAAACUGUGGAGGAAUUACAGACUCAAAAGGCAACAAUGGAGAAAUUUGAAGUUCAAAUCAGUGAGGUAGAGGCCCAGCUAUCCAGUCUAGAGGCAGAAAAAUGCUCUUUAAUUGAGAAUAUUGAAAAGGCAAAAAGAGAGAAAACUGAUCUGUCCUCAACAUACACAAACCUCUUGGAAGCUCACCAUGCUGUUUGCGAAGAGAAAACUGAUUUGCAGAACCAGUUGUCGUCAACAUCCGCUGAACUCACUGAGAAAACGGCAAUGCUAGAGACUGUAAAACAUGAUCUAUCCACCUCAAAUGUGCUGUGCACUGAGCUGCAAAGCCAUGUAGAGACUCUUCGAAUGCAGCACGAAAGUCUUGUUAACCUGAAUUUGAAUUUGGAGAAGAACUUGGAAGAGAAAGCGGUCAAGAUUGGGACACUGGAGGCAGACAUUUCUCAGUGGUCUACAAAGUUCAAUGAAGCAGCUGAAGCACAUGUUGCCGAAAUGGAAAAACUUCAAAUGCAGCAUGAAAGUCUUGUUAACCUGAAUUUGAAUUUGGAGAAGAACUUGGAAGAGAAAACGGACAAGAUUGGGACACUGGAGGCAGACAUUUCUCAGUGGUCUACGAAGUUCAAUGAAGCAGCUGAAGCACAUGUUGCCGAAAUGGAAAAACAUCUCCAGAAAUAUAAGAAUGUGAAAGAACAACUGGAUGUCCUUAAGGCUCAGCUCCAGGAAAAAUGUCAGGAGGCUGAAGACUUUGAAGAAAAGAUGGCAACUCAUACAUCUGAAAUAUCCAAACUGAAGGAAGAUCUUGCCCUAAAUAACGCCAAACUCCAGGAAGUCAAUGAGGCCUAUGACAGGACCUCCCAGGAAUUGUCUAGCUACAAACAAUCUGCAUCCUCACUCACACAGCAGUUUGACGAUGUGAGUACUAAAUUGGAAGCAUAUCAAAGCAGAGAAAGAGCUGAAAAGCGUGAGAUUCAAAAACUUAAAGACCAGUUGUGUGAAGCAGAACAGGAGAGGUCUAAAGCAUCUGAGGCGCUGAAAGAGAAGAAUGUAAAUUUGAACAAAAUUAAAGUUCAGCUUGAAAUGCUGCAAAUGGAUCUGGAGGACAAUGAAGCCUGCAUUACCUCUUAUGACUCCCAGGUUGAAGAACUCAAAGGCACGGUUAGUAUUCUUGAGGAAAAGCUGGAUAAAACUGAAGCGGAACGGUCUAACUUGGAGGUGGCGCUGGACGGAGUACAAGAGCAGCUCUCAACCAAAACAAGUGAAAUCUCACAGUUGAGUGAAUGCCUGGAAAAUACCCAGAAAAAGCAGCUUGAUCAUUCUGCCUUGGCCUCUGAACUGCAAGCAACAAAUGAAAAUCUCAAGGUGGCUUUCGACACAGAGGUUUGCAAACGCACAAAUAUUGAGACAAUUUACAACAACCUGACUGAGCAAAAGCGCAAAGUAGACGAAGAUUUGCAAGAACUCAAAAAGGACUACCAGAAUGCUCUUGAGGGUUUGGAUUCAUUAAAACAAAAGAAUGACAGUCUUCAGGAUGUCAUCCAGAAUCUUACAACUGAAUUGGAGACCCUCAGAUUAGCUCUUGAGCAAGCAAGACGACAAACUGAGAGCACAUCUGUGAAAAAUAAAGAAUUUGAGGAACGGCACGCUGAACUUUCUCAACAACUUCUCACGUUGCAGAAUGAACAUGUUCUAUUCAAUGAGAAGUACAGUCAGUUGCUGUCACAGGUUGUAGAGCAACAGUCACUCAUAGCACAGCUUCAGGAAAAUAAGGAAGAAGAUAGGGCCCCGAAUACGGAGUGUGAUUUGGACAGACCAGCUUGUGAGAAUUUACAGGCAAGCACUCCUGAGCCGAUCGCUCCAGCUAAUGAAAAUCAAGAGACUGGAUUAGAAGAUCUUGAAGUAUCACAGCUGGUGUGUGAGGAGUCUCGUGCUUUAGCCGAAGAAAAGCUGCAAGCGAAGUCCAAGGAGCUAGAGGAGCUCUCCCAUGCCUUCGAGGAGGCUGUGCGAACCCUGGAGGAGCAGCAGGAGGUUCAGCUAGAGCAGCUCAGAGUCCAGCACAAUGCUGAGCUAAGUUGUUUGCAAGAAAAAAUGGAAGCAAAGCUUGCGGAUGAAAGGCAGCACACAGAGAUGUUGACCGCACAGCUGGAGGUCACCAGACAACAGAUGGAGGAGCUGAAUCUUGCCUCGCAGUCUCUGCUCUUGGAGGUCGAGGACAAUAUUCCACAGACUAUGACAGAAGAAAAGUCCUCCGUGUCCAUCGAAAAGGGGUGCACUAAGGAAGAAGAGGCCGACGAUGGCGAGUUCUUUGAUGCUCCAGAUUCCCCAGAGGAAUCUGCUGAUGGUGCUCUAUUACAAUCCUCAAUCAGUUGCAUUCAAGGAAAUCCUGAAGAACAAAAUAUGUCACCUGUGGAUCUGCAGGUUCGUCAUGACACCAUUAAACAACAAGAUGAGGAUCUACAAGCCAAAUAUGAGCUCUUAACAACUGAAAUGGCUAUGCGAAAAGAUCUAUGUACUGACAUGGAAAACAAGGCCCAUGAGUUUGAGAAAGAAAAAAGUGAAUUCCACAAGAAGAUGGUCUCUAAGGAUGGACUUGUACAGGCGCUUAGCUCUCAGGUUGAAAUGAUGACUGAAGAGAUUAACUCAUUGAAGCUCCAGCUGCAAACUUCAAACUCCCAACUCUCAGAUGUCCUUGAGAUGGUUGACAGCCUGGAGCAUGCUAAAGGUGGCUGGGAUGACAAAUUCUUCCAACUUGAGAGUGAAUUGAAACGGACAAGAUCAGAGAAGGCAAACUUGGAAAAGCACAUUUUGUCGAUGGAGGUCGACCUAGAGAGUAUGCAGGAGCAAAAAGAGAGAUUAGAGACUGAACUAGAGUCGAUCAAGAAAGCCAAAUUCUCACUAGAGCAAGAUCUGAAUAAAGCCGUGACUGAAGGAGGACAGCUGAAGGAAGAGCUCCUCUCCUGUUCAGAUGAAAGGGAAAAAGAGGGUCAAACUCUAUUGAAGUUGAAAGAAAAGGCUGAUCUUUUGGAAAAGAAAAACAUUGAUUCAAAACAGUUGAUCAAAAUGCUUGAAGAUGACAUUCACACAGGAAAGCAAGACUUGGAGGAGUCCUCUAACAAAAUGGACAACCUUGUUAAAGAAAAAGAAAAACUUUUAGAACAGGCCCUGGCUCUGGAGAUAAAUGUUGCAACUCUCAGUCAAGAGAAGGAACAACUUCUAGCAGAGCUUGUGCAACUUAGAGAUGGUGAUAGCACCGUGCUCAGGGAAUCAGAAAACAUGGUGGUUAAAAUCCAUGCUUUGCGGGAUGAGAAUGUGAAGCUCUCUCAGUCGCUCGAGUCCUCCCUACUGGAGAAAGGUGAAAUUGCUGCCCGUUUGAUUGCUACUCAGGAAGAAGUUGCCCAGAUGAGAACUGGCAUUGAGAAACUCAAGGUCCGCAUAGAGUCAGACGAGCGCAAAAAGGGCAAGAUGAGCCAGCUCUUGAAAGAUGCUCAACUAAAGUCUGAUUCCUUGCAAGAUAGUAUUGACAAGCUUGAGAGAGAAAGGGUGUUGUCCGAUCAGAGCCUCGAGGAGGCAAUUCUGCAGGCGGAAACUGCUAAAGCUGAGCUUGAAGACCUCGAAGUUGAAAAGGAAACCCUCUCUGCUAAGAUUGCUGAGGUAACCAAUGACCUGAACAACCUUAGAGAGGAGAAGGACCGACUUGAAAGAGAGCUCCUCCAAAGAAUCGAAGAGGAGAAAGAGAAACUCAAUUCUCACCUUGAAGAGCUUCAGGGGCUGAUGGAUGAGAAGCAACAGUGGAUUGAGGCCAGUGAGCAACUGAAGGCAGCUGCUGCCGAAUGGGAGGCGAAGGCACAGGCCGAGUCUACUAGAAACGAAACGCUGCAGACCACCACCACAACUCUGCAAAGCAACAUCAAGCAGUUGGAGAAGCAAUUGGAAACUGCAAAUGCCAUGAAUACAGAGCUCACUGAAAAGGCACAGACCGAGUCUGCUAGGAACGAAACACUGCAGACCACCACCACAUCCCUGCAAAGCAACAUCGAGCAGUUGGAGAAGCAAUUGGAAACCACAAAUGCCAUGAAUACAGAGCUGACUGACAAGAUUAAUGCAAUACAAGAAAGCAACUUGAAUUUCCAGAGCCAACUUGAGAAUCAAAGUAGAUCAGCAGGAGAGGUUUUGCAACAAACUCUUACCUCUCUCAAUGUCCAACUUGAAGAGAGUCGGAGAGAAGCACAGAACCACAAGCUAUCCUUGGAAACAUUGGAAGCCGAGAAGCAGGAAUUGGCAAGAAAGCUGUCAGACAUCGAGAAGAGUGUUGUUGAAAUGAAGGACCGUGAAGUGAGCCAGGAAGAAGCCCAAAAACGGGCUCAGCAUUUGCACGUGGAGGAGCUCCGAGCCAUGGCGGUGGCGCUGGCAGCAGCCGAGAGCAAGGCCACCGAGCUCCUAGCAGACAGCAGCAGCCUGAGGGUGUCUGAGCAGCAGCUGACCGCUACGUUGGCGGAGCUGCGGUCACAACAUGACCAGAGUAAACCGGCCCAGGAUGAGCUCAACAAGAAAGUAGUCAAGCUGUCUAAAGAGCGAGAUGGCAUCCUCAGCAAGCUGAACUUGUGGAUGAAGUCCUGUAAGCAGCUGGAAGGUGAAAAGCAGGCCCUGGUGCUGGAGCUUCAGACACAAGAGAAGCUCGUUGUGAGUCUGAAGGCUUCACAGACACAAGCAGCAGGUGCCGGUGAGUGCGGCGAUGCGGAUCUGCAGGCGGAGCUGGUCGAGCUGCGGGAGGCCCUGGAGGAGAAGACGAGGGAGGCGGACGAGAGCAUGGACCGCUGCUGCAGCCUGAUGGUCAAAGUCCACAAGCUGGAGGAGGCCAACGAGAGCCUUCAGAACAAAAUGAAACGUCUCUCCAGCAGCAGCAGCAAGGGCAGGAGGUCCACCACAUCCACUAGCACCCAGCCAGAGGACACAAAUAGCAGAACACCGGGCAACAACCUGGACAACAGCUGCAGAGAGGAGCCGGACGGGCAUGCUUCGGUAAAGAGGACCAGGGCUCAGGCCGAGACGCCCAACAAGGCCCAGGAAGCACUCCAGAACCUGGCCAAGAGGCUGAAGGCAGGCACGCCACAGAAGGGUUUGGUGGAAGAGGACUUUACUCCUGAGGGACUUCCUGAGCGUGUGAUGAAAGGAUUUGCUGACAUCCCGCGUGGUGAGAUGAGUCCGUUCAUCGUGCGCCGCACCACAGUGCAGCAGCGGUGCAGCCCGCGCCUGGCCGCACAGAAGUCCACACCCGCCCAGCAGCAGGUGUCCUCAGCAGCAGACACGUCCACACAUGGCUGCAAACCGCCAGCAGAGGGCAGCAACUCCCAGGAAGGUUUGACGGGGGGUGUCUCUGGUGUCCUGGCCGCGGUGACUAACAGCCCCAGGCUGCGGGGGCCAGAGAGUCCCGCCGUUGGUCUGGAGCAGAGGAAGAGCAGGCGCUCUGGCACUGUCCGCCGCACCUCCGACCAGCACAGCAAGAGCCUGCACCCGGCCAACGCCACGCCGGCCAAGCAGGACGAGAACUGCCAUGUCCAGUAACACCAUGAUCAACUAACUCUCUUUUGUAUAUAUUGUCUCUCUCUGUCAAAAUCAGUCAUUUAUACUCUAGAUUUUACUAUUUUUUAUCAGUUUUUUUCUACUUCUUUUUUAAUCAGCUUUUCAAAACUUCAUUUCAUGUUCCAGGUUUUAAAAAAGAAAAUGUAUGUACAUGUUUUUUCCUGCCAUUGUUGCUGUUAAUAUAAAUAGGUAUCUUGGUAGCUACCGGUAGGAUCCGGACAAAACUCAGCUCAUCAAAUUUGCAAAGGUGGACGAAAGUCCGCUCAUCAAAUUGUCAUGGAGGACAUUUAUUCGCUCGCGGUUGUUUGGUUUUUCUAUUGACGGGUUAGGACUUUCGGGUUUUUCUACUGACGGGUUAGGACUUUCAGGUUUUUCUAUUGACCGGUCCAGGCACAAACAUUCUCUGGUUAUCACAAAUACAGUUUCUCCACUGACAGGUUAGGAUUAGGGGUAGAUUUUGGUCUAUGCACAGUGACAUUUAUCUCACAUAGAAAAUACAUGAGCGAGAAAUGUGUGCCUUGACAAUUUCAUGAGCGGAGUAUUUAUCCACCUUUUGCAAAUUUGAUGAGCGGAGAUUUGUCUGGGUGAAGACUCGUCGGACAUUCCUAGUGACUUGACAAUUUAUACACACUGCUCUGUACAGACAAAUGAUGCACUACUCUAUUUUGUAGAUUUGUUUAUACUGAUUUUUAAAGUAAACAUUAACAUUUCAAUCAAAA